CUCUGGAAACUUGCGUCAGCCACCGCUGGUUUCUGAGAACAAUGAGGGCACAACUUGCAUGGAAGUAAACUUUUUGUGUAUAUAUUCUGCGGAGGAAACCUAGCUCUACGUCAUCCUGGUGAAUGAAAAGAGCCGGCGCGUUUAAAUGUUUGAAUCUCCAGCCAGUCUUUCUAAGCGGGCAGGUUAUUUAUCUACUUAUCUAUCCAUCUAUCCGCAGGAUUGACUUUAACAUCCAAUGUGCUGCUGACAUGAAGGUGUCCGUGUGAAUGUCCACGCUGAGCAAAGUGCAAGGUCCUCUCGGAGUACAGAUAUGAAGUGUGCCUAACUCGAACCGCUGCCUUUUGAUAGCUUCCAUACGCUUUCUCUUCGUUUGACUCAUCGGUUCGUUUUUUGACUUUUUUUUUUGCACCGAGAAUGUCUUGCCUUAUUCUGGGAGCUAUACGAAGAAAGGGGGCCAGUGUCGGGGUCCGGUCCCUGGCCUCCAUCCCCUCGCUGCCCCCUGCGGUGGCAGAGUUUGUCAAGGGUGCGGUGGACGAGUGCAAGCCCAGCGGUGUGCAUGUCGUGACGGGGACGCCGGAGGAGACGGCCACCAUCCUGGCUGGCCUGGAGAAGGAAGGGAUGGUGAAGCGGCUCCCCAAAUAUGACAACUGUUGGCUGGCGCGCACAGACCCGAAGGACGUGGCCCGGGUGGAGAGCAAGACGGUGAUCGUGACCAAGAACCAAAGGGACACCAUCCCCAUCCCUGCUGGAGGGGUGAAGAGCCAACUGGGCAGCUGGAUGAGCGAAUCGGACUGGCAGAGGGCGAGAGAGGAGCGCUUCCCGGGAUGCAUGGCAGGGCGCACCAUGUACGUCAUUCCUUUCAGCAUGGGCCCAGUGGGUUCCACUCUUGCCAAAUACGGCGUCCAGGUGACGGACUCGCCAUAUGUUGUAGCCAGUAUGGGCAUCAUGACCCGUAUGGGCACGCCUGUUCUCAGUAAGCUGGCGGAGGGAGUGGAGUUCGUCCGUUGUCAGCACUCUUUAGGACGACCGCUUCCCCUGAAAGCCCCUCUAGUUAACGCAUGGCCCUGCAACCCAGACAAGGUGCUGAUCUCCCACCUGCCGGACACCAGGCAGAUCCUGUCGUUCGGCAGCGGCUACGGAGGAAACUCCUUGCUGGGGAAGAAGUGCUUCGCCCUGCGCAUCGCCUCCCGCAUUGCCAAGGAUGAAGGCUGGCUGGCGGAGCACAUGCUGAUCCUCGGCAUCACCAACCCUCAGGGAGUGAAGCGUUACGUUGCGGCGGCGUUCCCUAGCGCCUGCGGGAAAACCAACCUGGCCAUGAUGAAGCCAGCUCUGCCAGGCUGGAAGGUGGAGUGUGUGGGCGACGACAUCGCUUGGAUGAAAUUCGACGACCAAGGGAAGCUGAAAGCCAUCAACCCCGAGAACGGUUUCUUCGGCGUGGCUCCCGGAACGUCAGACAAGACCAACCCUUACGCCAUGAGCACCAUCGGCAAAAACACCGUGUUUACCAACGUUGGAGAGACCAGUGAUGGAGGUGUGUGGUGGGAGGGGUUGGACCCCCCUGCUCGUAACGUCACUUUGACGGACUGGCACGGCAAACCCUGGAACCAAGGAAGUGGCACUCCUUGCGCCCACCCCAACUCCCGCUUCUGUGCGCCGGCUGCUCAGUGCCCCAUCAUCGACCCGCUAUGGGAGAGCGAAGAGGGCGUUCCCAUCGACGCCAUCAUCUUUGGCGGUCGCAGGCCACAAGGAGUUCCUUUGGUGUACGAGUCGUUCAGCUGGCAGCACGGUGUGUUUGUUGGCGCUGCAAUGAGGUCAGAGGCCACAGCAGCUGCUGAGCAUAAAGGCAAGGUGAUCAUGCACGACCCCUUCGCCAUGCGGCCCUUCUUCGGCUACAACUUCGGCGACUACCUCUCUCACUGGCUGAGCAUGGAGACACGAAAGGCUCCCACUCACCUGCCCAAGAUCUUCCACGUCAACUGGUUCCGCAAGGACCCGACCAGCGGAGCCUUCCUCUGGCCGGGCUUCGGCGAGAACGCCCGCGUGCUGGAGUGGAUCUUCAAGCGCUGCGGCCGAGGGCGGGAGGACCAGGCCGCCAAGAAGAGCGCCAUCGGCUGGCUGCCGGAGGACGGCGCCAUCAACACAGAGGGCCUGGGCGGCAGCGUGGACAUGGGUGCCCUGUUUGACGUGCCCCUGGAUUUCUGGCAGAACGAGACCAAGGAGCUGAGGGCGUACUUCAGCCAGCAGGUGGGGGCUGACCUUCCUGAUAAGGUGGAGGCUGAGCUGAAGGCUCUGGAGGACAGGGUGCACAACUAAUAGCCUGCAUGACACAGCCACUGGGUGACUUCACACACACACACACACACACACACACACACACCUUUUAUUCUUUUUUACAUCUAACACUGCACAUCAGCCACCAUCAAGGGCCACAACAGGGAUGCCACAACAGGGAUGUCCAAACUUUGACCACCGAGGGCCGCUGUACACUGAAAAAUUCAAGAAUGUGGCCACCAUUUUUAUAU